AAGCUCCUUCCCUCCCACUCUUCCUUUCUGUCUUUCCACUCCUGCACAGUCUAUCUCCCUCCUCUGCCUUUCUCUUUUGGUGUAUAGCUGCCACUGCUGCUGUUGGUGGUGCUGGAGUGGCAUGGCGUGGUGUUGGCAGCAGCUCUGCAUGUGUUGAGGUUUUCUCUGAGCUUUAAGGGAGAGCUGGGUAAGCCAGUCCAGAGAGCACAUAGGAGUGGGGGGGCUUCCUCCAUCCCCAGCGAGACUCAGAGCCAGCAGGAUUUUUAUCUCCCUGUCUCCAGGAUGAGGCUGUGUGUGAGCAGAAGGAUCAACACAGAUAUAACAAACAAUAAUUCUGCAGGCCACACUUAGCUGAGCUCUCUUGGAUAAGUCACAUACAUGUCAACUUCCUGUGGCCAGGCCCAAUAAACACAUGAGAGGGAAGGAACAGAGACAAACCAUGAAAAAGAUAUACAUUGGCAAAACUGCCUUAAAAGUCCCCCGAAAUGGCGGCAAACACCCAAAAAAGAGCUCAUUGCUGGAGCAAAAAGAGGACCUGCGGAAGAGACUUUCCUACACGACGCACAAGCUGGAGCUGCUGCAGGGAGAGUUUGACUCCACCAGGCAGUACCUGGAGACGGAGCUGCGUCGAGCACAGGAAGAGUUGGACAAGUUCACAGAUAAGCUUCGAAGAAUACAAAGCAGCUACUCGGCACUGCAGAGGAUCAAUCAAGAUCUAGAGGAAAAGAUCCAAAGAGAUUCGCAGCACCAUGAAGAUGAAAAACGAGCCCUGAGCAGAGAAAUCAUCGUCCUUAACAACCACCUGAUGGAGGCGAAGCUAACAAUUGAGAAGCUGCAAGAGGACAAUGAGCUGUACAGAAAAGACUGUAGCUUGGCUGUUCAGCUGCUGCAGUGCAACAAGUCUCUGUACAGAGAUCAGCUCUCUGAGCUUCCUGCAGAUUUUCAGGAGCGUCUGACCAUGCAUCUGGAAGAUUCUCCUCUCUGCCAUGACUACCCUGACUCUACUUCCCUUAUUGCCAACGUGCUUGAAAAGCAAGAUGAGGCCUGCAGCAGCAGCCAGGCGUCUCGCUCUCCCAGUCCCCAAACCCAGAACCAUACUUUUAUUCUGGAGAGACUUGGGCCAGGAGAGCGCCUGGGGCUUAGAGCAGCCUACAAAUCCGACCUUUACAGCAGCGACACAGCUCUGUACUGCCCUGAUGACCGCCAGCGUGAGAGGAGGCCGAGCAUGGAUGUUCACGGUCACAGGACAUUCCUGUAUGGACCACAGAACUCCACCGACAGCACUCCAGAGGAGGGUUCUGUAGGACUGAGAGCUAGUUUCUCUCAGGAGCAUUUUUCCAAGUUCCCUGCCGCGCUGGCUGGAGGCUCUAGCUCCUACUCCAGCUUCAGUGGAGGUGGUUCUGAGGACAAAGGGAAUGACCCACCAAGCAGUGCAGCUUCCUCACCGCACCACCACUCUCUCUACAUGGAAUGGCGAGAUGCAGGGGACUAUGAGAGAAAGAGUGACUCGUCCUGGGAAAGGGACAGUCCAAGGAGUUUUGGGAAUGCUCAUCCUUUUCAACAGACCGAGUUGAGUCACCAUCAGAAUGGCAGCUCUCCGGUCUACAGUCGUACCAUGUCCUCCUGUUUCAGUGAGCCCUACGAACCGCUGCCUCCCUCUUCCUCCCCAAGUGUUGCUUAUGGAGACAGUCGACGAGGCAGUACUUUGGCCCCUGAGGAGGAGGAGCUGAUUGGUCGAUGGAGACAGCUUAGUGUUGAGGACCUUAGUGCCCACUCGUACCGCAGCCCAGGCAGAGCCUCACCUUACAGCUUCUCAGAGCAGCACUUUUCUGUCCGCCCUGCCAAAAUCCGCCUCGGGCCGCUCUACAGCAGCUUCCAGGAGGGGGCAGACUACUACCAUCAUGGUGCAGAUGCCAUGGACCCUGUGUGGGUCGCAGCUAGUGCCGAAUGCAGCCCUGGCCUGCGGCAAGCACACAGCCAAGCCCACCUGUACCGAAGUGAGGACAGCCAGGGGUCGGAGCACAGUCUCUACCACUCAGGCAGCUCCAAAGAAAGAGAGGGCAAUGUUGCAGCUGGAGGUCAGAGCACAGAGUAUGUUGACCCCAGUCCCAAUAGCUCCACUGAGUCUCUCAACCAGAGGUCCUUGGAGAUGGCCGCAGAGCUGCAGCACUAUCAGACAGAGAUGCACAACAUGCCUGCACAGGUAAGCCAGCAGCCACCACCGACUCCACCGCCUCCUCCACCCUACAACCAAAAGUUUGGCACUUUGGGACUUUCCAGAAAGGACAGUCUUACAAAGGCCCAGCUUUAUGGGACUCUUCUGAACUGAAGGACUUUCAAAUAAAGUUUCAACUUUGCCAUGCCAAAAGACACAAAGCCCUGGUUCACCAAGUGAUGUGGCUGCCACCAUUUCACUGAAAAUGGUUUGAAAAAACUGCCAGGAGCAAAAGAUGGAUCUACCGAAGAUUCUGAAGAUGAAUCUACCGAAGAUUGUUUAGGAGCCGUGGCUUUAUGGGAGAAGACUGCAAAUAUUUAGGGGAAGUUAAGGCGAAAACAGCCAGAGAGGAGUUCAUGACACUUUUAAAAUUUAUAGGAAUGUGUGUUUAUUUACGUUACAAAUGUAUAAAAAAAAAAAUAAAACUAAAAAACUUGAGUGAUAUAUUUUAUAAGUAGUUGUUGGCAACAAAUUUAUUCAAAAAGUGCAGUUCUUGUUGGUAUUCUUGAAAGCUGUAUAUAUGUUGGAAACUGCCAGUGCCAUGUUAGAAAGCUGAGUGUAAAGCAGAGAUGAGUCUCUACGAGCUGCACAUAGAUUAGUUUCAGUCAUUAUUUUUAAUCACCUGAAACAAUCUUGGCCUUGGAGUGAUUAAUGAAGAAAUCAAUAAUGAAUUAAUCCCUUAAAUGACAAACAGACAUUUCUCUUUUGUUAAUUGAUUUCAGAAGUAUUGAUCAAUGUGAUUUCUUGUUAUUGAUGGAACGUUUUGAGAUGUAAACAACUGUCUUAGCUGUCAGUAUUUAUUUAUAACAUUUUUUGCAAUUAUGUUUUCUCCUUGAGAGGUUCUCCUGCCCCCUUUCUACCUCAAAUUUGGAUUCCCACACCCACCUAAAUAUCUUUCUUUGGCAAUGAUGCAUGGUGAUAUAUUUUGUUGUUUUCUUCCCUUAAUAAAGCACAGAUUAAAAGUAAAGCUCCAGGUGUGGAUGAAUUAAAAAUACUAUUUUUUUUUUUACAUUUUCUUUUAAAAGAAAAAUGUUUGUCUGCUGAUCCAACAUGAAGCCACCCGAACUUAUAGAGGGACCUUUUAUCGUUCAGACUCAGCUUCCUGCAGCACCGCGGGGAAUCUAUGCUGAGUCACCAUAAGGCUCAGCUUAUCAUUGUAGUAAUUUAAAAAUAGUUGCAUGGAAUGAUUUUUGCCAUGAUCAGCAAACCCGACAAUAGGAGAAGAAUUAUUUGUCAGAGAAGUCCCAGAGAUGGAACAAAAAGCGCAAUAGUUUAUAUUUAUAUCAAGAGCACAGUGUCUUGCAAAUGUUUUGAUACCCCUUUAUAUUUUAAUUUAUAGAAACCACCUAUAGCAAUGUAUUUGUGUGAGAAUUUUGUAAUAGUCCAACAAAAAGUUGUGCAGAAUUGCAAUGCAGAAGAAAAGGCUUCAAUUUCUUGUAUGAAAUACAAUUUAAGAAUUCACUGCAAUUGUGAUGAUUAGACUUGAAGAUUAGUCAGUGCUUUUAAAAGGCACAUUUUUCUUCCCAUUAUGGCUGCAAGUGGUUUGGAUUAUGCCUCCAUCAGCUUUGCUCCCACAGAGAUGGAAACUUUGCCUUUUGUGGUUCUGUAAACUUACUUCAUUAUAGAUGUGUGUUUAGUGUUGUCAUCCUCCUGGAAAUUGAAAUGCAAACAAAAAAUAUUCUUCGCAACAACAACAAAAAUCUCCUGCAUUGUCCUGAAUUAACUCCAUCCAUCUUACCAUCUGACCAGCUUUUCUGUGUCUGCAGAGG